AGUACUGCUUUAUACUGUUUAGACAAGCUCCACAGUGCGCGCGUUGGAAACUAAUAUUCGACUGUUUCUGCUUUCACGCCGGUCAACAAUCAGACCUGCAGACGCCGAGGGGCGAGGCGGAGGACUGUCGGUCAAACUGCAAACUUAGUCCAAAAGCGACCAAAGUCCCCAAACUCACAGGCUGAAGAGGCAUCAAACGCAAACGACUCAUCCUUUCUGGCUGUUUCAAGGAAGGAUACGCUGCUGGACAUGUGAAUUUAAAGGAGAUACUUGCCAAGCACAACAAUGAAACCAACGACUACCCCGUGUUGCUUCGGCUUCCUCCUGACUUGCCUCUUGUUCGGGUCGAGCUCUUCACAAUCAGUAUGUGCUGGCACAGAGAACAAGCUGAGCACGCUGUCGGACCUGGAUCAGCAGUACCGCACCCUGAGGAAGUACUACGAGAACUGCGAAGUCGUAAUGGGCAACCUCGAGAUCACGAGCAUCGACCGCAGUCGGGACCUCACCUUCCUCAGAUCUAUCCGUGAAGUAACAGGCUAUGUGCUGGUGGCCCUGAACCAGUUUGACUACCUGCCUUUGGAGAAUUUGAGGAUCAUCCGAGGAACCAAGCUGUAUGAGGACCGCUACUCCCUCGCAAUCUUCCUCAACUACAGACGUGACGGAAACUUUGGCCUGCGCCAGCUGGGUCUGAAAAACCUCACAGAGAUCCUGAGUGGAGGCGUGUACGUCGACCAGAACAAGUUCCUGUGUCAUGCAGACACAAUCCAUUGGCAGGACAUUGUCAAAAACCCACGAACUCAUCCUGUGGUGGUGCCCACCAACAGCAGCGUCGCAUGUCCGAGGUGCCAUCGUUCCUGCAAUGGCCGCUGCUGGGGACCCAGAGAGGAGCAGUGUCAAACCUUAACUAAGACAGUGUGUGCAGAGCAGUGUGACGGCCGUUGUUUUGGUCCCUAUGUUAGUGACUGCUGCCAUCGUGAGUGUGCAGGUGGCUGCUAUGGACCAAAGGACACAGACUGCUUUGCCUGCACCAACUUCAAUGACAGUGGGGCAUGUGUGACCCAGUGCCCCCAGCCAUUUGUCUACAACCCCACCACCUUCCAACUGGAACACAACCCCAGGGCGAAGUACACCUAUGGAGCCUUCUGUGUCAAGAAGUGUCCACAUAACUUUGUGGUGGACCACAGCUCCUGUGUGAGAGCGUGCCCCAGUAACAAGAUGGAGGUGGAGGAGAACCGCAUCAAGAUGUGCAUUCCAUGUACUGACAUCUGCCCGAAAGCGUGUGAUGGCAUUGGUACAGCCAGCCUACAGUCAGCUCAGACGGUGGACUCCAGCAACAUCGACAAGUUCGUCAACUGCACCAAAAUCAACGGCAACCUGGUGUUCCUCAUCACAGGGAUCAAAGGGGACGUCUACCACAACAUCGAAGCGUUGGACCCAGAAAAACUCAAUGUAUUCCGCACCGUGCGCGAGAUCACAGGCUUUCUGAACAUCCAGUCUUGGCCUGACAACAUGACAGACUUGAGUGUUUUCUCCAACUUGGUGACGAUUGGGGGAAGAGCAGUGUACAGUGGGAUUUCCCUGCUGGUGUUGAAGCAGCAGGGCAUCUCAUCAUUGCAGCUCCAGUCCCUCAGAGAGAUCAGCGCUGGGAAUGUCCACAUCGCGGAGAACAGCCAGCUUUGCUACUACAGCACCGUGAACUGGACCAGACUGUUCCGCGAUGGCAACCAGAAGGCUCUGAUCCGCAACAACCAGAGCCCGCAGCAGUGCUCCAAGAAGAACAUGGUGUGUGACCCGCUGUGUUCGGAGGCAGGGUGUUGGGGUCCUGGCCCAGACCAGUGCCUCUCCUGCAGAUACUUCAGCCGUGGACGAACCUGCGUGGAUACCUGCAAUCUUUAUGAAGGGGACAUCCGAGAGUAUGCCAACGGGUCGGUGUGCGUGGAGUGCGAUGGCCAGUGUGAGCGAGCUGACGAUGACUCUUUGACCUGCCACGGCCCGGGCCCCGAGCAUUGUGUGAAAUGCCUCCAUUUCAAGGAUGGUCCUAAUUGUGUGGAAAAGUGUCCCGACGGCCUGCAAGGCGCCAACAGCUUCAUCUUCAAGUACGCAGAGGCCAACAAUGAAUGCCACCCCUGCCAUGCCAACUGCACCCAGGGGUGCAUUGGACCAAGACUGCAAGACUGCAUUGGCUGGAUGGACAGAACCCCUCUGAUCGCAGCGGGAGUGAUUGGCGGCCUCUUCAUGGUGGUGAUCAUGGUGCUGAGCGUAGCAGUGUCUGUGCGCCGGAAGAACAUUAAGAAGAAGAGAGCCCUCCGUCGCUUCCUGGAGACAGAGCUGGUGGAACCUUUAACACCCAGUGGAACAGCACCCAACCAGGCCCAGCUUCGCAUCCUGAAAGAGACAGAACUCAAAAGGGUCAAGAUCCUCGGCUCUGGGGCCUUCGGGACUGUUUACAAGGGUAUUUGGGUUCCAGAAGGUGAAACAGUGAAGAUUCCUGUAGCCAUUAAAAUCCUAAAUGAGGCCACAGGACCCAAGGCUAACGUGGAGUUCAUGGACGAGGCCCUGAUCAUGGCUAGCAUGGAGCACCCCCACCUGGUCCGCCUGCUGGGCGUCUGCCUGAGUCCCACCAUCCAGCUGGUCACACAACUGAUGCCUCACGGCUGCCUGCUCGACUAUGUCCACGAGCACAAGGACAACAUCGGAUCCCAACUGUUGCUCAACUGGUGUGUCCAGAUUGCCAAGGGGAUGAUGUAUCUGGAGGAGCGCAGGCUGGUUCACAGGGAUCUGGCAGCCCGAAAUGUCCUGGUCAAGUCUCCCAACCACAUCAAGAUCACUGACUUUGGCCUGGCUCGCCUGCUGGAUGUCAACGAGAAGGAAUAUAAUGCCGAUGGGGGAAAGAUGCCCAUCAAAUGGAUGGCCCUGGAGUGUAUCCAUUACAGGAAGUUCACUCAUCAGAGUGAUGUUUGGAGUUACGGGGUAACCAUUUGGGAGGUGAUGACCUUUGGAGGGAAGCCAUAUGAUGGGAUUUCCACCAGAGACAUCCCAGACCUGCUAGAGAAAGGGGAGCGCCUUCCCCAGCCCCCCAUCUGCACCAUCGACGUCUACAUGGUCAUGGUCAAAUGCUGGAUGAUUGACGCAGACAGUCGGCCCAAGUUCAAGGAGCUGGCUGCAGAGUUCACCCGGAUGGCUCGUGAUCCCCAAAGAUACCUGGUCAUCCAGGGUGACGAUCGUAUGAAGCUGCCCAGUCCCAAUGACAGCAAGUUCUUCCAGAGCCUCCUGGAUGAGGAGGAGCUGGAGGACCUGAUGGAUGCUGAAGAGUACCUGGUACCUCACUCCUUCAACAUCCCACCGCUGGCAUACACUCCCCGCACACGCAUGGACUCCAACAAGAACCAGUUUGGCUACCAGGACCCCAGUUUCAGCAUGGAGGACAUGCUGGCCACCCUCCCCAGAGUGGUCUCUGUUCCACCCGUGUCUGGAGGCUGCCUCCCUCCACAGGAUCUGGCCUCAGGGGGCCAGAUUGGUGGUGGAUUUGGCCGUGCUGGCCAAGACGACCCUCGCUGUAAUGGCACCCUGAGGAAGCAGGCCUCCCCAAGGUCAAGCACCCUUGUGGCUGGCUCAGCUCUCACUGCAGGUCAAGGUGGAGGGGAGGAUAGCAGCGGACAGCGUUACAGUGCAGAUCCAACUGCUCUUCUAGCGGAACGAGGAGCAAAAGGAGACAAGGACCAGGAUGGCUACAUGACUGCCAUGAGAGACAAGAACAACUCAGACUAUCUCAACCCAGUCGAGGAAAACCCCUUCGUCACACGUCGUAGGAACGGUGACGCCCACGCAGUGAUUGAUGGAGCGGGUUGCCACACCCUCCACAUGGCUGGAGCUGCUGCUGCCCCCAAGAGCCAGUCCAUUCACGGGGACGAUGAGUAUAUCAACGAGCCGCUGUACCUGAAUACGUUCCUUAACCCUGGGGACAAGAACGGAUUGGCUGGCGCAGUCUCCAUCCCUGGCCCAGGGUCGUCUGCUGCCCAAUCAGUAUCGCAGACAGUCAACCCAUCAACAUCGAGCCACACGGUCUCCUCUUCUGGAUAUGUGGUACCCCCUGGUCACCUCCCCCACCCAUCGUAUCCAUCACACACACUGCAUCCGGGGCAUUCAGGACACACUCUGCACUCAGGCAUCACCAGCAACACCAUCAUGUUUGAUAAAAAAGGCAAGAAGGCCACUUUUGACAAUCCUGAAUACUGGCAGCACAGUCUGCCCCCGAAGUCCUCACUGCACAACCCUGAGUACCUGCAGGACUGCAGCACGCGCUUCUUCUACCGCCAGAAUGGACGCAUUCGCCCUGCUGUGGCCGAAAACCAGGAGUACUUGUCCGAGGCUGCUAUGAAAGCUGGCAAUGUGUUGCCACCCCCUCCAUACAGACAGAGGAACACUGUGGUGUAGUGACCCACCUGUAGCACAAUGGAGGGAUGACUAGAGGGUUAAGGGUGGAGGUGAAUGGACAGUCCUCUCGUAGUACUUCUCAACCCGGGUUCUCCUUGCACCCUCCCUGAACACGUCUCUCUGUUAUGUCUGAUUGCAAGUCUUUUAUUCUCACCAUAAGGUUCUGACUUUUCUUGACAGGACUACAGUCACUGGCAGCCUCACUUGACAUUCAAACCACCUUUUUUAGAUCCAUCCUUGGACCUGACUCGUAAAGCAAGUAGACACAUCUCUUGGAGGUUGGUUCUUGGAGGUUGGUUCUGCACACUGUCCUGCCAUUUAGUAGAAAAAAGGCACAAAAACAACACAACGAAAGAUUAAAAAUGCUUAAUUAGAGAAAAAGGAGAAAUUAACUGAGAGAGAGGAUUAUCACCAUGCCCUUACAUGCUUUUCUUUAUCCACUCAUGAAUUGCAAUUCACCAUGUCCUUUUAGCACAUUUAUCACCUAGCUAAUGUACACAUAGCAAUAUGUACACAUUGCUACUGCUUGUGUGCAGCCUGUCGCAUGACACAUGCACAUGGAGUUGUGUCGUGAGUUACCAGCAAACCCGCAGUCAUGCUGAAGAGCCCCGACGUGGCUUGCAUGCCUGCCUACACGCUUCUUUGACUUUCACAUGUUGCUGCCCCGGUAAUGGAAUUCAAACAUUUAUCACACACAGCUCAUAUCAUACCUAAAACAUGUUAACAUGCCUGCAGCCUUGACACACCAAUAAUAACCACACAUGAAUUCAUAAGUAAACACGCACACAUGCAGACAGAUAAGGCUGCUGCCACUUGAAAUAUAUUCUGGAGGAGAAGCUCCAUUGACCUUGUGCUGGAAGACAGAAUGUGCCGAUAAUGGCAGUCGGCGGUGCAGCGCAGAGAAAGGGUCAACAGAAAAGUAAAUGUCACCACAGUUUUAUGGAAAUCUGUGAUAUCACCCAGUACCUGGUGGAAAGCCUCCAACAGAUUAUUGGCAUGGCUAGGGUGGGAUUUAAAAGGUUGAUCGCUCGGAAGACGACCCUUAACUCCCCAUAAAGGUAUCCCUCUUGCUCCUCUUUCAUCCGCACCAAUCCAGUCCGAAGAGCCAGCACACCACCCACUCCAAUAUUACUGUCAUAAGAUCAUUGUAAACGGCAUUGAGACCGACAUAACUAAUGGCAACUGCAGGACGAGGAAUGAGCUUUCAAUGGACCUCAUGCUUGGGAAUGGACAAAUCUUUUAACAGGGAAAUGAGCGUGAGAUCGUAUAAACUGAACAUGUGGAAAAAAUCUGCAAUUUUAAAAUCUGAAUCAGCAUACUUUAUUUUUUUUCUUUUUUCUUUUUUUCUUUUUAGGCAUCAGGGAUCUGUUUACUUUGUUACCUUGUCUUACUCUUACACAAGCAGCACGGACACCCAGCCACAAAAAAGCACUGCGGAGGUGGCAAAGAGGCUAACACUGCAGAGCUGUAAAUAAGCCAAUUACAUGUCAUUACCAGACAGACGCAAUCCUAGAAAAAGGCUCCCUGGACCGAUCAGUGUCUAAAAAGAUGUAUGAGUGCAUCAAAAGAUGAGGAUUUUCUUUGCACCUCUCAGUGUUCAUAUUAUUUCGUGUCAAAGAAACAGAGAAUUAACUUUGACCUGCACGGCCUUGCUCUGUCUCUCAGUGUUGAGGUGUUUCAGGAGGAGAGGUUGUCAUAACUGUCUAAAAAGCUCUCCUCUACGUUUUUUUACCAUGGAUGACCAUGAGAAAACGGGACACUGUCUUUUGUAUUGGUGUUUGACAUUAAUAGUGAGACAUAAGUUAUCUCUGAAUCCACUGAUGGCUAGCUUUCUGUGCUCAAACAAUACUGCCAGAUGCCACAGUAAACUCUGACGGAGACCACUAGCAUCUGUCGUCAAAUGACUUUGAAGCCUAAUUUAGGCUGGGGUUGAUAAUUUAAUAGCACUUAAUGCUCUGACACAGCCAAAUGACUUUGCUGUUAUUCUCGCUCUAAGCGGCAAUUCAUUUUUUCCUCAUCAUGUUGCAACUAUAAUUUACAGCGAGGAAAUAGAUAGCUUCCACUGCACUGAGGUGUCAUGGUUUGAGUUUCAUUAAACAUUUUCCUAACAAAGCAGUAUCCCCACUCUCUAAAGAAUAUCAUAAUAGUAAAAUGUGGCAAAUCAAAUGUGCUGACAACAUUUGAUUUGCAGGAUUUUUACAUUAAUGUGAUGAAAUACCUUGACUGUAUUUAGUCUCUGGAUUAAAGAGGUACUCCAGUAGUUUAAAAUUGCACUCCCAUAAAGUCAGGGGACUCACAAGUCAGAUUCCUUAGUCCUUAGCAUGGAUUAAGCUCCAAUAUCACGAAAUCCUACAAUUUCCAUAAUGCAACUCAACUCAUUCAACUCUUUUGCCUCCUAAACCCCACACCUCUUAUUUUCCGUUAAAAAGAUUACUUCUCAAUCCCAAACAGGCAUAACCCUAAUGACGUCAUGGAUGACAUCACCAGGGUUAUAUUCUCAGACUUUGGUACUACAGAAGAAAUUAUGCAGCUGUUUUCAUUCAAAGGCUGAGCAGUACAGCUCAUGAUGAGUAAAACUGAUGGCAUGCCCCUUUAAACAAACAAACAUUCACAUCAAAAAAACAUUUUCUCAAUUAAAUUUCCAAAAAAUUUCCCAUAUCAUGUUAUAAAGUCAUAUUGCAAUAUUAAUCUAUACAUACCUUUAUAUGAGAUAUUCUUUUAAAUCACCCACUCUUACUUUUAGGUGAUAAUAUCAUGAAAUUUGGAGACCGACUAACACCUGUGCAUUUCUCACUACUGACAUACCAGUACGCAACCACUGUUACACAACCUUGUGCCUACAUUGAAAAUACAAGGCAGAGGGAAGAGUCAGACGACCAGUGAUGAUGAUUUACUGUCCAAAACACAGAUGUUGCCCCGGCACAGUGUCUCAGGUUUUAUGGGGAAUAAUAAUCAUCCAGUUGAGCUCCAGCUGAGGCACGAGUUACCACAUCAUAAACAGACGUCAAACCUAAUAAAAUAAAAGUGUAAUAGAAGACAGAUUAGUGCCAUGAUACCACAGUCGACAAACUGCUGAAAUGUGCAACUCAACAACAAUGCAGAUUUCACAAAAAAAAAAAAUUAAAAGGAGUUACAGUAAUGCAGUUAGUGGAGCAUCUUUUCUGAAUAAAUUGCGAAUUUGUGUACAUUAUACUCAUGUUAGCUGUUUCUACUCCGAGAGAAGAAGAAGAAGCUGUUUCUGUUGUCAGAAAAUUCUUGAUGACCUCUCUCCAUUACAUAGCCAAGAUGACUAGUUUUGUUUCUUCUUCUUUAAGUUUUAUUGGCGGUUGGCAGACAGCUGGCAUUGUCUCUGGUUCGCGAGCCAUGCAUAACGCCACCUAUAACGCCAACUUCUUCCCAAUCAGUUGAUGGAAAUGCACCUAAUUUGCAUUUUCUUGGUUCCUUCUUUGUGUCAAAAGUUUGCUUCAGGUUUGCUCGGCAGUUCGGUGCAAACAUGGUCACAGACAUCGCUGUUAAUAACUUGUUUUAGCUGUGCCAGAUCUGGUCUCUCACAUCUUCAGAUUUAGUAGUUUGAGCUUACACUAAUGUAUACUCUCUUUGUGUAAAUGUGUGCAGCGAAAGUGUCCUUCCCAUGUUUUUAGAGUUAAGUCAGUUAUGUAAGUCUACCAUCACCCAUAAGGUAUUAGUUGCAGUGCUUUUGGACUACUGUAUGGCCGUGUGUUUAAGUGCAGUGACAGCAGUGGAGAGACACCCAAAGGCUUUGUAAUGGAUCUCUAUGGAAAAAUAAAGCCAAUCUUCUGGAGGAGAAAACCUGCUGGCGCUCUCAUCCAACAAGCAUCGCGAGGGGCUUUUAGCUUUUUGAAUGCUAAUGCAUCCACUUUCCCCUGUUGUUCUGUGGGGAAAUCACGUUACCCAACAUCUCACACACUGCACCAGCUGAGAAACUCUGAACGACAGGCAAUAGGUUGUAAUCCUGCAGCGGGGUUAAAAUUCAAGUAUUAGCAUUCCAGAAAUGUUACCCGACCAAUGCAUCAAUGUUACAAAAGCUAGACGGGGAGAGGGUGCAAGUGCACUGUAACUGGCAAAGGAGACCAAAGCUUAUUGCCAUUCUUUCUUUCUUUCUCCUCCGAGGUGACUGUAGAAUUGUAUGUAGCAAACACUGUUCUGCAGCUUACGCAGUAAAAACCGAUAAGCAGCUAUGUGUGAAGUGAAUACGAACAAAGACUAAAACAAUCUGGAAAGGCAAAGUAAUUGUGGUCAAAUGUUAACAUGAGUCAUAGUUUCAUGUGAGAAGAAAUAAUGGUCUGUUUGAUAUAUAGACUCAUAGGUACAGUACUUAUUUAAAGGAGCACAAUAACUCCCUCUCAAUGCUGACUCCUCAUCCAGUAAAUCAGCCUUAUAGUAACAGCUUUAUUUAUUUUGUGCAUCUGCUUUUGUUUCGGGGUUUAAUGUAUUUUAAACAAAUGCUAUGAUGACUUUUGUAAAUGGUGUGUAAAGUUUUGUUUUGACUCUCAUUUUUGCUCGUCAGGGUGUCAUUGUGGCAACAGAGAGUUUUUUUGAUGUGCAUUUUUAAGGCUUCUUCGUCUGUCAUGUUCUCUCAUUAACUUUAAAGCAGCUACGAGCUGCUAUGUCCCAAAUCAGGGGCUGGAUGUUUGCCCUUCAGAGGAAGUGAGUUGUUGGCUGAACCUGCAUGCCAUUGCCAAAUGAGGUGAGAUUAACAAAGGCCAAAACUAUGUUGUGUUCGGGUGGUCUGAAGCUCUUGCAAGUCCACCAAGCAGCUGCCCUCAGACAUCUUUUGACAUUUAAAUACCAAUCAUUAAUUGGGACAGGUUUCACGGUAUCUGAUUUUACAGCAUUUAUUUGAUAUUUAGACCAGGUUAAUACUGCAAAUAGUCAAAAAACUUCCCCUUUUAAGUUCCUUGUGAUUAACAUGCCCAGGCUGAGAAUGAUAACAAACCGUGGAGUUCAUAGCUAUGUUCCAUUAUUCACACUUAGCGUGGUUUCUUCAUUGGUUUAGCAAAUGUGCUUGGAUAAUAUCUGGUAAAUAUGAUGUUGUGUGGUAAUCCCCAGUUUUAUAACUUGGUGAGGAUCCCCUGACCACAGUGGGACAUUAAGGACUGCAAAUGAUAAAGCAGUUGUGUCCUCCAAAGCAGAGGCAGGCUUUGUUUUUCAGUCACAUUUUUGUGGGACCUUGGAAGUGGGACAGCCCUUGUUGGACUAUUAAAACACAUCCGGUCAAGAAAUUAGGACUUUGGAGGGUCCGGCCCCUGAACUGGGACACAGGGACUGUAUUUAUAGAGUGUGCUCUAUUUCACUUUUCUGUGCUUUGAUUAUUCAUAUCAUGAGGACAUUUUUCACUGCAUCAGUAAUAUCAAUCCACCUGUGGUCUUACUGUAUUGGAUAAACAUAUGUUACAUUUCAGAGAACCUCACUAUUUAUCACUCAAGUACAAAUAGUUUUGGUCAUGCAUCAUCAAACAAAUCAAAUUUUUUAAAGGGAAAACAUAAAGCAGCUAACAAACAUAUUCUACCAUUAUAAUAGAAUCAAACUGUGAAUGGCUGUCAUGCUCUUGAUUUUACACUGAUUCAUAUGUGUAUAUUCUACCAUGCCAUGAAAACAGGGGUAGAUGACAGUGGUUGAGUAAGCACAGUUUACAAUGUAUGAAUUGAUGGUAAAACUGUAAAAUGGAAUUAAUAAUUGUCUUUUAACCAAAUGACAAAGACAUUUAGCAAAUGGGUCACUCAACAGUUUUACCAUUGUUAAAAAAAUAAAAUAAAAUGAAUAAAAAGUGGAUAGUAUUUUUAUAGGUAGUAAAAAGGUGGCCAGGUGCAUCUGUAAAUAGGACAAUGAUGCUUCUUUUUCCAGCUGAAGAUAUUUUAUUUGUUUGUUUUAUUCCUCCUUGCAUCAUUGCAUUUUUAGUGGUCUACUGUACCUUUAUUUUCUUCUUUGGGGAUAUCUUUUCUGUAUGUAUAUAAAUAUAUAUACAGUAUAUAUAUAUAUAUAUUCUGUAAAUGUAAUUUGAAGAGUGAACUCUGAUUUUAAAACGCUUGCAGGGUCUCUUGUCACCCCACACUUCAUCAUUUCCGCUGUGAUUGUGUGAUUGUGUUUUCAGCACAACUUGGUGGAUUUUGUGUUUCGACCUCUGCUCUUGCUCACUUUGUAGGAGUGAUUUUUCUUCUUCUUGUUUAUUUUAUUUUAUUUUUUUUUUACUGGUUGUAUUAUACCUCCACUACCCUCCACACUUCUCUCAGUAUUAUCCACCUCUUGAGAUUUUUUUAAAGGUUUUGUACACUCUUAAAAUGCUGUUGCAAUACUAAUGAAUAUUCAAUAUUUUAUUCCCCUUUUCUCUCAGUCUUUUCCUAACCAAUGUUAUUAACCCACCAGUGUCACUUUACACACUGAGUUUUAAGGACCUAUGCUAUAUUUCCUUGAGUAGGUUAAUUUCCAUUUGCACUGAGCUCAGUCAUUGUUUACUUUCAUGUGAUAUUCAGCUCUUCAUCCAUAUGGGGCAAUACUGAUUGAAUUGUGUAGCAAUAUCAUGUUGCAGCUCCCAGAGUGAUUUAAUGGUGUUUGACCGACAAAAUGGAAGACCGUUUGCAUGGGUUGGACUGAUCAUUUAAAUAACUGAUAUUUGCUUGUAUAAAGGUUAGUAGGUAAGCUUUUUCAGCUUCAUCAGGACUUAAAUGUUCACUCUUUUCCAGUUUAACAGAAAGUUAAUAUUUCCAUUUCACGGGAUCUUUACAGGAUUUCUUUUUUUGGGGGGGGGGUUUGGCCCAUUUGUCACUUUACCUAAUAUUUGAUGUGAAGACUGACACCAAAAUCAUCAUUUUGAGCUACUUUCUUUGUGGCAUUGUUGCAAAUGUGUCAGUAGUGAUCAAGCAGUGCAUCGCAACUCUGAUACCAAGUGUGGCUGAUGCUUGUGAAGUUAAGAUGAAUGGUUGGAUGUUAACUUUACGCUAAUCUAAACCAUCAGGGAAAACAUAAUUGUAGGAAAAGUUUAUUGAUGCACAAUUUGACAACUGGAAUAUAUUCUCAGUUGCAUUAGAUAUUUUAAUUAUAGGAGACUCAAGCACAACUUGUGUUGUUCUUGCAGGAAGCGGGCCAGGCAACUACAGGUUUUGUGCUGUUGAUGAUUUUGCUUUCAAAACUUGGAAUUUUCACCAGUAUCAACUUUGGAUUACUUAAAUGUUGUCAGAACUUUGUAUAUUGCCUAUCACCUACAGAAUACUAUAGACCUGUGGUACACUUCCCAGUGGAAAGGUGGUGAUUUUGGUGGCAAUCUAGUCAUUUCCAAUAUCCAGCAUUUACAUGUAUAUUUGGUUUGCUUCUCAAAGGUCUGUGUGGCUGUUUAAAAGUACACUGAAGUUUGGAAGAAAGGAUCUUCUGUCAGAAAAUUAAUCAUAAAUUAUCAUUGCUUUGUAUCGACUCAUCAGAGUGAUUGAGAGCUAGGUUUUAUAGACCAUACCUUGUCACAUAUUGCCAGUUUUAAACGUUUCUCUUCACUGGUAAAUUGACACAUUUCCCAAACUAGAACAUUUAAAUACGUAUUCCCUCUGUUUUGUUACAUGAAUCUGUCAAAACUAUAUUUUUAAUUCAAUAUGAAUAAAGAUCAGUCAAUAUUUAAA